AUCGUGCAAUUAAUAGCUUAAAUAGCUUCCUUCGUUAUUUGCAUAACCUAUGAAAUAGAUUUUUGGUCAAGUGAUCACAAAUUAUCCUGAACAAAUAGAACUUUUUAAUUUACGUUUUCGGUGCUGUUUUUUUAUUCAUCUGCUAUGCGUUUUUUUUGUUCAAGAUCAACCUCUGAGCCCAUUUUGCUCGCUAUUCAUUAUUAUAAAAUGAUAUCAAUAUCGUAUGACUCAAUUUUGAGCAUUUUUACAAAACAUUUAAUGAAAAAAAAAAAACAAAAAUUAAAUUGACAUAACCUUACAUUCACAGAAUAUUCUCCUAACGUCUAGCCAACCGGUGCACUUGGCUUCCCAAAUUAAAUUAUUCAGUGAUCAGGGACAUAUGCGUUUCGUAGGCAUGUCAAAACCAAAAAUAACCAAUGCUAAUUGAACAAAUAUUGAGAAUAAAUCUUUCGAAUCAUUUACAUGCCAGAAUUUUGAAGGCAAAUGAUUUUGACUUAAUUAAUCUUUCUAGUUGGUGAAUAUAGUUUUAUCUCCCUUAGAUAAUAAACGAACUGUUGGACGUAAAUAAGCAACCUAAAUAUUAUUUUAUGUCAUAUGGUAGGCAAUUAAAGGCGUUUAAUCAUUGAGGCGAAUUAAUGAGUAGUUGACGCAUUUUGUUAAAAUAUCUAAUUGAGUUUAAGUAAGAAAAAAAUGGUUUAUACCUCCAACUUCUUUAAAGAUUUUCAUGGUGUCCAGCAAAUUACCGAUCCUCAAAAACCUCAGUUUUCGGUGGCGGAGUGUGAAUUUGAAAGGCUUGAAAAUGUAUUCAAGUUUAGCAAAAACAUUGAUAUUAUGGUGGGACUAAUUCACCUAAUUUAUCUCAAAGAAACUAUACAGAAGCAAGUUGAAAGUGUGAUACAAGAUAACAUCUCUUUGGAAGAAGCAGUAUGUGAGGCAGUUGUGAAAAUUGUUAAAGAGUAUCAACAUAAACGGCAAAUCAAUAAGCAGGUUUUUUCCAAAAUGACUGCCAGCACACUUGAAAAAAUUAUGGGGAUAUUGGACAAUAUUGUUGAUAGAAUUCCAAAUGAUCAUUUUAAAAGGAAACAAAAAAUAGUUUGCAAACAUAUUGUAAAUCCUAUGGGCAGUUGCAAACCACUAAAUCCAUUAUUUUAUAUUCCCCUAAAAGAAGAUAUUCCUGAUUUCAAGACAGAAGUUAAACCCUCAGAAAGGGAUAACUUUUCUCUAUUGUAUGAAGCACCCAAACCUGUGAAGCCAAAAGAAAAUGAGGCUUAUCCUCUGGAGACCAUGUUUGAAAUUUAUAAAUCUUCUAUACCUAAUUAUACCUUCAAUGAAUUUAAGGCCAUAAUACAAAGUCAGCUCAAUUCAAAUCUUAGUGACGAUGAAAUUGUAGCCUAUUUAUUGGAUACAUUUGGUUGUACAGUAUUUGAUUUUGUAAUUGAAAUUGUGAGAAAUCGUAACAAUAUCAAUUUUAAUUCGAGUUUUGUCUUUGAGAGUAACUCAAAGAACCAGAAAAAUGAUCCCAAAGCGUUAAUAGCAGGAACUGUCACAGUCCAGUCGGAAAGAGAAAGUUUACUCUCGAAAAGAUUGAGAAAAAUCGAAAAAAAAGAAAAGGCUCAUAGGACAGCGGAAUUUCAGCAAACUGAAGCCGAAUUUGAAAUAGCUAAAAAUACACCUCUAUUCAAGAAAGCUGCACCUGCAAGGUUAGAUGCCGAAGAAUAUCCUCACAUUCAUGAUCAGUUAAGAAAUCACAUGAUAACAACAAAAUAUGAUGGUGUUUCAUUAAUUCUACCUGAAAACGCUUUAAAAAAAGUUGGCAAGAAUAACAAUUAUGUUGAAUUCACUAUACCAGGUGGAACAAAAGGUGAUGUGCCCAAUAUAGAUUUGGUUCCAGUUAACUCAUUAGAUCCAGUGGGGCAGUUGGUGUUCAAAGAUAUCAAUAGGUUCAAUAGGAUUCAGUCUGAAGUAUUUCCUGUUGCUUAUCAUUCAAAUGAGAAUAUGCUUGUUUGUGCUCCUACAGGAGCCGGUAAAACCAAUAUUGCUCUGCUUAGCAUUGUACACCAGAUUAGGUCCCAUAUGGAAGGGAGUUUGAUUAAGAGAGACAAUUUUAAGAUAAUUUAUGUAUGUCCUAUGAAAGCGUUAGCGACAGAAAUGGUGGCUAAUUUUGGUAAAAAACUAGCACCUAUAGGUAUAAUCGUCAAAGAAUGUACAGGUGACAUGCAACUAACUAAACGAGAGAUAGCUGAGACGCAAAUGCUUGUAACAACGCCCGAAAAGUGGGAUGUCAUUACCAGAAAAGGGGCAGUGGAUACGGAAGUCGUUGGGCUUGUAAAGCUUCUUAUAAUCGAUGAGGUUCAUCUCUUGAACGGAUCUAGAGGACCCGUUAUUGAGGCGCUGGUCGCCAGAACAUUGAGACAAGUUGUUAGCAGUCAAAGCAUGAUUAGAAUUGUAGCCCUUUCCGCAACUUUGCCUGGAUAUUUGGAUGUAGCACAAUUUUUAAAAGUGAAUACAAAAACAGGUUUGUUUUUCUUUGACAACAGGUUUAGAUCGGUACCUUUGACCACCAGCUUCAUUGGGGUAAAGAAGAAGGAUGAGGCUGAUAUAAUGGAUGCAGUUUGUUAUGAGAAAGUUGUUGGAUUCGUUAAGGAUGGACAUCAGGCUAUGGUAUUUGUUACGUCCAGAAAUGCGACUGCUGCAGUUGCUAAAAAGUUGGUUGAGAUAGCUCAAACCAAAGGCACCCUUAAGCUAUUUGAACCCGAGAAAAAUGUUAAGAUAAAUAGAAGCGGUUACAAAAACAGUGAUUUAUCGUUUUUAAUACCUCAAGGUUUUGGAAUACAUCAUGCUGGAAUGGUAAGAAGCGACAGAUUGGAAGUUGAGCACUUAUUUCGUAGCGGAGUUUUGAAGGUAGUCAUUUGUACAACAACACUGGCUUGGGGCGUUAAUUUGCCCGCUCAUGCGGUCAUCAUAAGGGGUACUCUACAUUAUGACGCCACCAAAUCUUCCUUUGUGGACAUGGACAUGUUAGACGUUCAACAAAUUUUUGGUAGGGCUGGCAGACCCCAAUACGACACAUCUGGUCACGGCAUAAUCAUCACUUCAAUGCCGAACAUGUCGAAGUAUAUGGGACUCAUGUUAUCACAGGUUCCCAUCGAAAGUCAGUUCUUGAGUUGCAUUCCCGACAAUUUAAAUGCCGAGAUUAUAUUAGGAACAGUAUCAAAUAUACGGGAAGCUAUGGAAUGGCUUGCUAACACUUUCCUCUACUGCCGAAUCAAAAAGAAUCCUCUGAUUUAUGGUUUGACUUUCAACGAAGUUUGGGAUACACACCAAUUUAAUCAGUUUCUACAAACACAGUUGGAUAAUGCUGCAAAAACACUGGAGAGAUCGCAAAUGAUUCGUUUCGAUUCAACUUUAGGAGAGCUUAGGCCUACAAAUUUUGGCAGGAUUGCUAGUUUUUACUACAUUUCAUACAAGACAAUGGAGUUGUUUUAUGAAAAAUUUGACAGACACAUAUCGGAAGCGAACUUGAUUCAGCUUAUUAGCGAAGCAGCUGAAUUUGGCCAAAUUCAAGUUAGGAUGGAUGAGAUUCACGAGCUGGACCGACUUAGAGAGUGCAAUGAGUACAAUUUAGAUUUGGAUUUCAGUUCGUCCACUUCUAAGGUCAUCUGUUUAAUGCAGGCCAAUAUAAGCCGCGCUCAGAUUAGGGUUUCUUCUUUGGCUUCUGAUUGCCAAUAUAUUAUGCAGACUGUGGUCAGAUUAGCAAGAGCUCUGUUUGAAAUUGCAAAGGAUAAAAACUUUGCUCUUCAAGUAUCCAGGACGUUACAAAUAGCUCAAAUGUUGGAGCAGCAAAUGUGGGAUCACAUGCCUCCCUUGUUACAGUUCAAAGAACUGGUGCCCCACUUAAUGACCCAUCGAGCGAAGGAUAUUUUAAAUUUAAACGUGGAAGACUUAAGAGAAAUGUCUGAAAUGGAACUAAGCAAUAUGUUUGGAGCGUCAUAUGUAGGCAAGAAAGUUCAUCACUAUUGCCAAAUUUUUCCGGCAGUAAAUGUCGAAGUUGUCGUUAAGCCCAUCACAGAUGUCGUGAUGAGGGUUAUAUUGUUCAUUACACCAAAUUUUAAGUGGGAUAAUAGUGUACAUGGUACGGUACAACAUUACUACGCUUGGGUUGAGGAUCCAAGUUACGAUAGUAUCUAUCAUAUGGAAUCUUUUGUUAUAACCAAGCGUAUGUGCAAUAUAGGGGCGGAUCCUAUUGAGUUGGUUUUUACUGUACCAUUAACCAAACCAUUGUCUUUGGAGUAUUUUGUCAGAGUUACCAACAGUCAAUUUAUGCAUUCAGAAACAAUGCAAGUAAUUAACAUUGACGAGUUAACAUUGUUUACUGCCGAAUCGCGCGAGACAAAAAUCCUGGAUGUUCAACCAUUGCCAAAAACAGUGCUGCGUAAUAAGCAAUUCGAAGAUUUGUAUUCCUUUACUCAUUUCAAUGCCGUGCAGAGCCAGGUGUUUCACUCCUGUUACUACACUGAAACGCCAAUUAUACUCGGCGCACCUACUGGUUCUGGAAAGACCAUAGUUGCCGAAUUGUGUCUAUUGAGACUGUUUGCCAAUAAUCCCGAAUUAAAGGUUGUCUAUAUAGCACCCAUGAAAGCACUUGUGCGGGAAAGGGUGCUAGACUGGUCCGCGAAAUUUUCAAAGAUCGAUAAAAAAGUGAUCGAAGUUACCGGCGAUGUAACUCCGAGAUCGGACCUCAUAAGGACUUCCAACAUUAUUAUUACGACCCCAGAAAAGUGGGAUGCGAUGAGUCGCAACUGGACCGAAAAAGAUUUCGUAAAACAAGUCGGGCUUAUGGUUAUUGAUGAAAUUCAUUUAUUAGGUGAAGAUAGAGGUCCCGUUUUGGAAGUAAUUGUUUCCAGAAUGAACUGUAUUAACAACAAAAAGAAUACCAAUGUUAGAAUCGUGGGUCUGUCCACAGCUAUGGCCAACCCAGGCGAUCUGGCUUGUUGGUUAGGUUGUGACAGAAGAGGGCUGUUUAACUUUAGUUCUGCGGUACGGCCAGUUCCACUAGAAAUUCACUUGCAAGGCUUUGAAGUUAAACACUUUUGCCCCAGAAUGGCCGCCAUGAACAAAUCGGUCUAUCAAGCGAUUUGCCAAUACGCAUCUGAAAGUUCUGCUCUUAUUUUCGUUUCGUCACGUAAACAAACCCACGUUACAGGCUACGAAUUGAUGAAAUUUUUGCUGACCGAGAAUAACCCCCAGAAGUGGGUGCAUUGUGAUCCAGAUGAAAUGGAAGAUGUAAAAACUAGAUUAAUCAAUCAGGAUUUGGCGCAAUUGUUGUCUUUCGGGAUUGGAAUGCAUCACGCUGGUUUGACUGAUUCCGACAGGAACAUAGUCGAGCAGCUGUACGUCAGUCAAAAAAUUCAAGUGUUGAUUGCAACAGCCACGUUAGCUUGGGGCGUAAACUUUCCUGCUCGCUUAGUGAUCGUAAAAGGUACCGAAUACUUCGACGCGGCUACCAAGAGAUACGUCGACAUGCCCAUUACAGACGUAAUACAAAUGGUUGGCAGGGCAGGAAGGCCGCAAUUUGACAACACCGCAGUAGCUUGUGUAAUGGUGCAAGAAAGUAAGAAGAAUUUUUAUAGAAAAUUUUUAUUUGAACCAUUCCCGGUUGAAUCUAAUCUGCUGGAAACGCUACACGACCACGUCAAUGCAGAAGUAGCUAAUGGCAAUAUCGUUACCAAAGCUCAAUUACUUGAAUUUAUAGAAUCAACAUUUUUCUUCAGACGUUUAUUGGCCAAUCCAAAUUACUACCAGUUAGAGACUGAUGGAGAUCCCUUGGAGUAUGUCAGUAGCCUGGCUGAUUCAGUAAUCGACAUAUUGCGAGAGCACGACUGCAUUGCCGUUGAAAACACUGAGGCUUUAGAAAACAUUUAUGAACCCACCUUUUUGGGCAUGCUCAGCUGUCAAUACUACCUGAGCUACAAAUCUAUUCACUUUUUGAGUGAAACUAUGCAACCAAAUAACUCAAUUGACGAAUUACUUCUGCUGAUAUGUCAGGUGGAGGAGUAUAAGCUCUUUCCCGUUAGACACAAUGAAGAUAAUAUAAAUAAGGAGUUGGCCAGAGAUUUAAAUGUGAAAUGCAACUUUUCAUUUGAUUCGCCAAGUAUGAAGGUUCUUUUGAUGAUCAAAUGUUACCUAUUGGGUGCUAAGUUGCCUAAUCAGGAAUAUGUUAUUGAUUUGAAAUCGGUGUUGGACCAAAUUAUUAGGAUUGUUCAUGCAAUGAUGACCCUGGCGGCAGGCAGAGAUUGGCUGGACUGUACCCUGAAGCUGAUCUAUUUCUGUCAAAUGUUAAUUCAGGGUUAUAUGAUCAAUGAAUCCAACAUUAUGAUGCUUCCUUACUUAAAUAAAGCCAACUUCAGACCCAUAAUAGAUCAACUGACUAAGAUGCUUCAAUCCAAGGUUGUAUCGGUGCCACUCCUUAAGGCAGAAAUGGCACACAACAUGAAUAUGGUUACCAGUAUCACCAACAUAUUCACCGAAUCUCUUGGCGAAAGAUCUUCCAGUGAAAUUAUGAAAAUAAUUAACAACUUGCCAAUAUUGACCAUUCAAACUAUGGUUAGAGGUGUCUUGACUAACGAUGUUCUACGGACGUCUGUCGAUCGAGAUUGUGUAAUAAAUAUGACGGGUAAAGAAGCAAUGGAUUGUAUUUUUGAGCUAGAAAUCCUGAGGGAAGGAUCCAGUGAAAUGAAUGUCUACAGUAAAAAGUUUAACAAACAGAAAGAAGAGUUUUGGUUUGUCAUGUUUGUUAUGGAACAUAAGGUGUUGUUUAGGAAAUUUUCAUUUAAUCGAAAAACGAAAAAGGUUGAGAUACCAGCGUAUUUACGUAGAGGUGUAUAUGCAAUCAAGCUGUAUAUUAUGAGCGACUGUUACAUUGGUUUCGAUCAGAUGAUAACUUACAAAAUUAAAAUAGGAUAUUGAUUAUGACAUAGCACACUAUAAAGGAAUAGUGUUUUGCUUACCACUAUAUUAUAUUAAAAAUAUGUUUUUUUACAUUUUUGCUUAUAUAUAACUUUAUAUUUUAUUUAUUAAAAUUAAUUUUAAGUUGUAUUGAAUUAUAUUUCCCCAUCUUUAAUGCAGUAGGUCAACUUAGGAGAACACAAGCACAGUAAAUAGUAAGAUAG